CGGUGCCCGCACAGCCGCAGCCAGUCACGCGCCCGACUUCACGCGCACGCACGCACGCACGGAACACACUCGCGCACUCCCACUCCCACUCCACCGCUCCGCUCUCUCCCUGCCUGGCCCACGGCCGCCGCGCCGCCUGCCUGCAUGGGCGACCACCACCCCCACCCCCACCACCCGCGGGCCCGCCUCGCCGCCGGCGACCUCCGCCCGCCGGAGCCGCCGCUGGACCCGCUGGAGUUCCUCUCCCGCUCCUGGAGCGCCUCCGCCGUCGACGUGCCCCGCCCGCGGCCGCCGUCGCCGGCGCCGCUGCUCGCCGCGCCCAUCGCCGAGGACCCCGCCUGCUGCGAGCUCGACGACGGCGCCGCCACGGCCGGCAGCUCCUUCUCCUUCGCCUCCGCGGCCACCUCGCAGUUCAUCAUGGAGCGGAUCCUGGCGCAGUCGGAGGUGGCGCCCCUCACGUCCGGACGGCUCUCCCACAGCAGCGGCCCGCUCAACGGCGGCGGCUCCCUCACCGACAGCCCGCCGGUCUCGCCGGAGAUUGAUGACUCGCAGUACUGCAGGGCGGGCACGCCGAAGCCACAGGCGUACCGAGGAGGCAGCAAGACGGUCGGCCGGUGGCUCAAGGACAGGAAGGAGAAGAAGAAAGAGGAGACACGAGCGCACAACGCGCAGGUCCAUGCCGCUGUUUCGGUCGCGGCGGUGGCCGCUGCGGUUGCGGCCGUUGCUGCUGCCACCGCUGCGGCCUCCAGUUCCGGCAAGGACGAUCGCGCGGCCCGCACCGACAUGGCCAUGGCCUCCGCGGCGACGCUCGUGGCCGCGCAAUGCGUCGAGGCCGCGGAGUCAUUGGGGGCUGAGCGCGAGCAUUUGGAGGCGGUUGUUAGCUCGGCGGUGAACGUCAGGACGCCUGGCGAUAUCGUCACGGUCACGGCUGCUGCUGCUACUGCAUUGAGAGGUGCAGCCACAUUGAGGGCGAGGGCUUUGAAGGAGGUGUGGAACAUAGCGGCGGUGAUCCCGGUCGAGAAGGGGACGAUGGGAGGAGGAGGUGCAGGAGGAGGGCACCAUCACAAGCAGAUUGUGCAAAAGCAGCAGCAUCGCAAGCUGGAGAGCAACGGCAGCAGCAUCAGCGAUCUUUCGCUUGAGGAGGAGAACAACUUCCUGGGCGUGUGCAGCCAAGAACUUCUUGUUCGCGGCACCGAGCUCCUUAAACGCACACGGAAAGGCGCGCUGCACUGGAAGGUCGUAUCAGUGUACAUCAACCGAAUGGGCCUGGUCUCUCUGAAAAUGAAGAGCCGGCAUGUUGCAGGGACAAUCACCAAGAAGAAGAAAGGUGUGGUGAUCGACGUGUGCAAGGACGUGGCGGCGUGGCCCGGGCGGCACCUGCUGGAGGACGGCGAGCACCGGCGCUACUUCGGGCUGAGGACGGCGGACCACCGGGUGAUCGAGUUCGAGUGCACCAGCCAGAGGGAGUACGAGCUGUGGACCAAGGGCGUGGCGCGCCUCCUCAGCAUCGCCGGCGAGCGGAAGCGUCCCCUGUGAGCGUGAGCGAACUGCCGACGCCGGGCUUUUGGGUGUCCGAACUCCGGAGCCGUCCCAUGCGUUUGUUUGCUAGGCUGUACGUAGAUGUGAGGCGAGUGCAACAGAACAGCAUGGGCUGUGGGGUGUAGGUGUACCUCUUGUCCUACAAGAGAAAUGAAGAAUUAUUAUGCAGCUAGGGUAGGGCUCCUGCUGUUACUUGUUAGGGCUGGAAGUGAACUGAAGGCUGUGUGUUUAUGUGCAUGUGGUUGAUCAGCUCAUGUGUGAAGAAGAGUGGCUAGAGUGAAGUUCUCCCUUUGCUCUGUUUCCUUGUGUAAGUUUUGUUUCUCACCUGUGGUGUGUCGAUGGCCUAUUAUACAGAGAGGCAUCUAGUGGCAGGAGAAGAUCAUUGCUUUGUUCCA